AUGACAUACAGCGAAGACUCGCCUUUCAGCCCAACUGCUCGGAUCACAGUAGCCCCAGACCCUAUCUCGAUCAACGGAAGUGUCCUGCCGACGGCCAAAAUACACUAUGGCAAUCCUGCCGCUAGUAGACCAGUUCAACCGCGAAAUGGUUCGUGGAAUAUGAUCUACGAGAGUUUCCAUAAGCCGAAGGCUCUAUUGUCCUGGGGAAUUCUUAAUUACUCAAGGGUCAGCGAUCAAAUGAUCAAUAGGUUUAUCAACACUCUGCUAAACGCAUGCAGAAAAAUUGGUGCCAUUCGUCUUUUCAUCUUCUGUGCAUCGCAAACUAAUCUAUCCAUCGUAGGAAUGAAUCUAUCCCCUGCAGCAGCAAGUCAAUCGUGUGCUAGCGCGUCGUCUGUAGUGAACGUGAGCGCCCAUGUGUACAUGCAGUUCAACUAUUUCAAGCGCACGAUCUACGAGUUUGGAGGAUACGCACUCACGGGAAAGGAGGAAAUCGAGGAAAUUAAAGGGGCGAUCGAUGACGUCUGGCAGGUCAAAGGCCUGAACCCCGAGCUUACAUUCAUAGUCGUGGACACCAUGUCCGGUUCUUCCCUAAGAACAGGUAUUUUGCUUGCUGCUACCAUUACCAGUCAUGACGACGCCUUCGACCUUGAACACUGGAGGAAGAAUUUCAAGGACAAGCACGUCAAUUUGUCGAAGAAGAUGCAUUUCGUGUGA